CCCUUAAGUUGUCCAAGCUCUUAACAGCUGAUCUGUCAUAGUUGGACUUGGUUCCAUAUUUCCAUCGGAGUAUCUCUCGAUUAAUUUCUUUGCUAACAAUACAAAUUUCCUAUCAAACGACUGGAUUUUUUAUAACAGACCAAAACCAAGAUGAUGCCCGAACCGGAAAAUUGUCCUGGUGUGCAAAGCGCAAAUGCAGGCUUGGGAAGUGCAUGUCAAGGAUGUCCUAAUCAAAAAAUAUGCAGUGAUCCAAAUAAGAAACUUGAGGAUCCAGGAAAAGCACUUGUUGCAGCAGCUAUGAAAGAUGUGAGCAAUAAAUUGCUUAUUUUAUCAGGAAAAGGUGGGGUGGGCAAGAGUACGGUCACAAUGUUAUUAUCCCGAUAUAUGGCACGCAGUUAUAACGAUAAGAAUUUUGGAGUUUUGGAUAUCGAUAUAUGUGGCCCGUCUCAGCCGCGUCUAAUGGGAGUUGAAGGAGAAAAUGUCCAUCAGUCCGGUUCCGGAUGGUCACCGGUUGGAGUAGAUGAUAACAUAUGUUUAAUGUCGAUUGGUUUCCUUUUGGGAUCACCAGAUGAUGCAAUAAUCUGGCGUGGUCCAAAGAAAAAUGGCAUGAUCAGACAAUUUUUAAGUGAAGUCGACUGGGGUCAUCUUGAUUUGCUGUUGCUUGACACACCACCGGGCACAUCUGAUGAACAUCUUUCGGUUGUGUCGUAUUUGCGUGAUGAAAAUCAACCCAAUUCGCUAAAGGCCAUUAUUGUGACCACGCCACAGGAAGUAUCGCUUUUGGAUGUACGUAAGGAAAUAAAUUUUUGUAAAAAACAAAAUAUAGAAAUUGUGGGCGUUGUUGAGAACAUGAGUCUAUUCCGUUGUGGCCACUGUGGUAAUACAUCGGAAAUAUUCCCAGCCAAGACGGGAGGAGCUCGGGCUAUGUGUGAAGAGAUGCAAGUGCCAUUUUUAGGUUCAUUGCCUUUGGAUCCUGAGCUUACUAAGGCAUGCGAUAAGGGCGAAGACAUAACAUCGGUUAGUAAUGCAACGACACAGGCUUUGGAGGAGAUUUGUAAAAAUAUUGCUAAGAUUCUGUGAUGAUCAUAAUAUUUGCAGAAAUGUGACUAGCUUUUGUAUAAUAAACCUUUGAAUUCCAAGAAUCAUAUACGACUAUUUUUAUAUAUUAAUAAAAGACCCAAGUUAAUUAUUUUA